CCCAACAAGCCGUGUCAAUUUACACAAAGUCGCUGUGAAUAGUUUGUCAGUUUCUCACAAGUCUUAUUAGAGAACGACAAAAAAAAAAAAAAAAAAAAAAAAAAACAGCAGUAGAAAAGCUUAAAAAGGGUCUUCAUGGAUGCUUGCACUCCGGUGAAAGCAGAUAAAGAGUAAUUCCAGCUUCGGUUAAGCCAAACAUUUUCCAGGUGCUGUACCCCCACCCUGUGUAUCUCACUGUAACAGCAUGGAUGUGAAAGGGCUAAAGGAGUACCUGUCCUGGCUCUACUACCAGUACCUGCUUGUCACCUGCAGCUAUGUUUUAGAACCAUGGGAACAGUCCAUCUUUAAUACUGUGCUAUUCACAGUGGUUACCAUGGUGGUUUACACGGCCUAUGUUUUUAUUCCCAUCCACACACGCCUGGCACUUGAGUUCUUCUCAGGCUUAUUUGGAGGCCAGCAUGAAAGUACAGUUGCCUUCAUGAGCUGACAUUGAAACACUUUAAAGGCAUACAAAACAAACAUGUACGCUGCUGAUGAAAUAUUACCAAUGUUGAGAAAGGGUAUUUGCUUGCGUAGAAUGGUUCUCACCUACCAGAUUUCCUUGUUGAAAUUGUGUAACUGUACAGUAGUAUCGGGGCAGGUUGGUUUCUAUUCUGUACCUCAGGCAUGACUGUACUUUCCAUCUCCCAGUUUGUGAAAUGUUUAGGAUCCGAAUAAGCCAGUCUAUGAUGCAGGGUUUUUGCAUAUCAGGAGUUGAAGCCAGUAAAGCUAUUGCAAUCCUUGUUAAGAAAUCUCUUUUUUUCUGCAUUCCUGUGUCAAAUGCAGACAUAUCCUCUUAACUUUCUUUGGUCACUAUACUGUAGGUGUUCUCUUUAGUCUGCAAAGAAAUGCAUACAGUGUUUGGUGAAGUGAAAUUCAAUCCAUCAAAUAGUUUGACUACCCGCAGACACCUUUACAUACCUGUACUCCUGGGUUUGCGGUCAUGAAAAAUGUUGAAAAACCACUAAUAGGUAUGCAAAUUACUCUUUUUUUAUAUAACAUCCACCCACUGUUUAGAACAGAGAAACAGACAAAGACUUGUUAUUGAUGUCAUGCAAUGGAAAUCAAAAUGCUUUGACACUCACUGUAAAUAAAUACAUAUUUACACUUCUGUCUAUGCUAGACCAUAGUGCUUUGCUUGAUCAGUAAACAAUCAGCUACACUCGAUAUUUUGUUCUGAGUCUGCCCAGCAGGGAUUAUGAAGCAACUGAAAUGAAAUGCUUUGCCUACGAUUGGUUGCCUAAACCCUCUGAAAGCAAAUGUGAAGAAUAAAAUAAAUGAAACUAAAACCAAGCCUUA